CUUAAAUUCAAAAUCAAUUAGAAAUUAAACUUUUUAGAUCUUUCAAAAUCCACGAGAAUAAUCUUGGCAUGGCAACAGGCUCACAGCAGCAACAACCCAAGCCUAGUGGUAAUUCUGGAUAUCCUUCAUAUCCUGCCCAGCCAGGGGGAUAUCCACCACAACAAGCCGGAGGAUAUCCUGGCUCUGCUCCAGCUGGAUACCCACCCAACUCGUCUGGAUAUCCACCAAAUCCAACUGGAUAUCCACCAAAUCCCACUGGAUAUCCCUCUAAUCAAACCGGAUAUUCCCAAAAUCCUACUGGAUAUCUACCGAAUCCAACUGGAUAUCCUUCUAAUCCCACUGGCGUUCCCCCUAACCCUUCUGGAUAUCCGCUAAAUCCAGCUGGAUACCCUCCAAACCCGUCUGGAUAUCCUCCUAACCCCUCUGGAUAUCCUCCAAACCCCUCUGGAUAUCCUCCAAACCCCUCUGGAUACCCACCUAAUCCCUCUGGAUAUCCACCAAGUGGAUUCAACAUGCCUGGAGCCCUUUUCCCUGAUAGUAACCUACCCUCCGGCCCUGGAUACAAAUAAUGAGAUAAAUUAAAGAAAAAUGGCUGGAAAAUUGAAAUCACGUGGCACAAAUCAUGUGACGGAUCAGCUGAUAUUUCUAGUCGGUCUUAUGUUUUUCAGCUGAUUAAACGUAAUAUUUUUAAUAUAUAUUUUAAUCCGUUUGUUAGA